UUACGUUUGUAGACUAAUUUUCACAUUUAGAUGAAUUUGGCUUCGGGAGACGCAAAUGCCUGGAUUACGUUAGUGGUUUCCUGAGUAAAGUUUUUGUGUGUGGGAUUUUCAUUCGAUGAGUUGGAAUUAAGAGUUUUUUUGCAAAGCGAAUAGUUUGGUGUAAAGCGUAGUGUUUCGGACAAUUCUAAGCUGGUAUUUAACAAGUAAAGAAUCUGAUUUGCAAUUCCAUAGAGAAUUGAGACAGACAUUGCAUAUAUUAAUCUUUUAUUGUGUCAAGAAAUAAAAAGGAAAUACGUGAACGCCAUAUUUUACAGUGUUAGUGUUUGACAAGAAUGAAGGCAUUAGUGGGGUUUUCGAUAUUUUAAACAGAAACAUAUCGGAACGAAAUUCUUUACUGAUUGGAGUGUUUUGUAUCGUGGAAAAUACAGUCAGGCUUGGGAAAGAUCAUUCCUGGAUUGUGGUGAACAAAGCUUGGUAAAAAAUUGUGGGUGUCGCAGCUCAUAACGACCUGAACAUUUAUUGUUAACUGAAAUAAAGGACAUUUUCAUUUGGAGGACAACUGGAGCUUUAGAUGUGAAGCACUUUUGGGGAUAAUUAUCUUACGAGUUCACAAUAUCAAUAAAAAUCCAAGAUGGCGUCUCAAGGGAAGCAACCCAUGUGUCGUUCAUACUCAACAACCGGAAAUCCAGAUAGACCCGACGAAACAACAGCAGAUCAGUUGGAACGCAAACCCGUCAAAGAUCACAGAACGCAAGCACGCUUAGCAGAAUUCAAACGUAGCAUUUCAGACGGAGGCUACACUCAUUCGGAAUUACCGAAAAAGGAAAAUGCGUCACGUGGACCUAGUGGUUUAGCCAAUGAAAAAUCGCCAACCGGGCAGACGUCAGAUGACGUCAAAGCCACGAAAUGUCACGAAAUGAUCGAAGAAUAUGAUCCCUGGUUUCCAUGGCAACCUUUAUAUAAUGCAAUCUUCAAUGUAGAUAUUGAAAUCCCAUAUUUAGUCACUAAUUGUUCAUUAAUAAUAAAUACUCAUUAAAUUGUGUUUAUUUCGC